AUGCGUUUAUUCGUUGGUUACAAAUCAUCAAAUCAAAGCUUUAAACAAUUAGAAGUAGAAACCGAAAGAGGUGAUGCCGGUUAUCUUCAGAUGGAUUGCGCCCGUGAAUCUUUCGCAUUUGCAACAUAUAAACCAAAAUCAGAAAGGAAAGUUAAAAAGUUUGUUCAUUCGUUAUAUAAUAAUGUUCAAAAAUAUGAUAACUCAGUAUGUGGUAAAUAUAUUGACCCUUCAGAAGUUUUCAAGAAAGCAAAUGAAGAAGUUGAUGUCACUUUUGAUAUGAUUAUUCCGGUAAAUGAUUUGUUAGCAUUUCAGGCGUUCGAUGAUUAUCCUAAAUCAUUUGGUGAUAUCAUUCUUAAAUAUUAUGUUUUCAGGGAUACUUUAGUAUUUUGUCAGGUUGACCCGUUAAGAGUUGCUGAUUUACAAAAUUACGUUUAUGAAAAGAUAACUGAUGAAAAUUAUGAAAAGAUUAUGAAUCAUGUUUAUAAAUAUGAUCGCAAAUUCCAACAAAUCGGACUUCCUGCCAAAUUAAUUACAAGCUUAGCCGCUACAUCUGCUGACGCAACAGUUGAUGACGUUAUUAUUUCAUGCACAAAGAUGGAAGUUUUAGAGGAUAAAUGCAUUACACCAGGAUACGGUUUAAUUGAAGAAUCAGUUAAAGCAAUACCACGUUUAUUCAGUAAGGAAGAUCCAUUCAUGAUUCCAGCUCAACAUAUUGACGUUCGUUCACUAAAUGGAGGUUGCAUCACUCCUGAAGGUAUCAGCUCAGAU